CCGCCGGUUUACAGCCUCGGUCCGGAUGAGGCGCAGCAGCAGAGGAGCCUGGGAGGGACGCGAUAAGCAGCUCGGAGGACGAGAUGGCACCGAAAACCUGUCUGUUCCUUCUGCUGUGCGUCUGUUCUGCCUCUUCAGCGGUGACCAGUAAUGGAUCGUCCAUACUGAGGACUUUUGUCGUCUUCCCCAGCUCAGUCACAGAUGAACCGUUUGAUCUGGAAUCAAUCUACUACGAUGAAGACAUUAAAAUGAAUCGGUCUGCUGUUGUUCAAGUGCUUAACAUAUCAAGCAACAAGCCGGGAUUUUCUGAAGAGGCGCUGCUGUUCCUAACGGGCCCCGUCUCCACCAUCUUCAUACCUUCCUUCUACACCCUGGUCUGCGUUAUCAGCGUACCGAUCAACGUCUGCGCCAUGCUGGCCUUCGCUCGUGGCAUCCGGCCCAAGAAGCCGGCGGCCAUCUACAUGCUGAACUUGGCCACUGCCGACCUGCUCUUUGCCGUCUUGCUCCCGUUCAAGAUCUUCUACCACUUCGACGGCAACAACUGGAGGUUCGGGGCGCUCAUGUGCCGCGUGGUCACGGCCGCCUUCUACUGGAACAUGUAUUGUUCGGUUCUUCUCAUCGCGUGCAUCAGCGUGGACCGGCUGCUCGCUGUGGUGUACCCCAUCGACUCGCUGGCCUGGAGAAGGCCUCGAAACGCCGUCACCGCCUGCGUGAUCAUGUGGAUACUGUCCUUUGCUGGCUCUGUGCCCCUGGUCGUCUCCGAGCAGACUGUUUACCUCAGAGACCUGAACAUCACCACCUGCCACGACGUGCAGUACGUGGACAACGUGGCGUGGCUGAAGAUCUACUUCUUCACCUUGUGCUGCGCGCUGUUCUUCCUGCCUCUGCUCGUCACGGUGGCGUCCUACUCUCGGGUGAUCUGGUCGCUGAGCUGCAUCUCCAAGGGGGUUUCCGGAAGCUCACGCAGAAGGUCGAGGGCGGUGGUGAUGGCUCUGACGGUGCUGGUGAUAUUUGUGCUCUGUUUCAUGCCGACAAACUGUCUGAUGCUCGCGCACUACCUGCAGUUUGACCAAGCAGUGGCGCAGAGCCGGGAGACCCCCGAUGGGUCCUACGCUCUCUAUCUGGUGUUCCUGUGCGUGGGAAGCCUGAACUGCCUCCUGGAUCCCAUGGUCUACUACUUUGGAUCGUCCCAGUGCCAGAGGCAGCUGUCCAACCUGCUGAGGUGUCGGAAGGUUACGGAGCGGAGCGGCAUCAGUCACUCGUCCUCUGAUUCAUGCAGAUCCAGCACCAGGACAAUUCUGAAAUCCAGCCGUACAGAAAGCUCCAAAUUAAACAGCUCCGUCACCAAAAUUGACUCUUUCCAGGAAAACCUCAACAGCCAAUACAAGAAACUACUGGUGUGAUCAACCAUCAAGCCAAGCAGAGCUUCAGUCUGUGAUUUAACUGACUCUUUCAUGUCAUUUAAAAGUGUUCAGUCAAUUUGAGUGAUUUCAUUUGGAAUUUUAGAGCCACUUGGUUAGUCUGUCAGGUUUUAUCUUCGGUGGUUGCUUUUCUGUUGUGAAAAGAGAACAACAAAUAUCAUACCGAUGUGAGCUGGUAAAAUGUGCAAUGACAGCCAUAAGUGAUGAAUGAAGUUGAAACCGUCAUUAUGAUGGAUGGCAACAUUAAGCAAAAACAUGUUUAGGGAACAUUGCAUAGAAUGAAAUGUUUCUAUUUUGCACUGUAAAACCCAUGAGUGUAUCAAUCAUUCCUUAGAUGUAACAUUUUAAUGGAAAAAAAUAGUAUUAUGUGUAUUUUUUCUAUUUUACAGAUAAGCUGCAUUCAAGCUCUCAUAUUUCCUGUGAAAAGAUGUCAUUAUUUUUUGUUCUUGUAUAUAUCCGGUGACCAUACACACACCAUUUGUUUAUUUGUUGUUGUUGGUUGUGUUUUGCCUCUAAAUAAAUUGCUAUUUUCACUUUGA